UUUUUGGUUAUUACAAUGUCUGUUACAUUUUUAACAAAUUGUUAAGAUUGAUAGAAAAAAUAAAAGUAUCUGAGAAGUUGCAUUUAAGUUAAGGGAAAAAUUGCAUUUAAGUUAAGCUAAAAGUAUUAACUAUUUGUGGGGAAAAAUUGAACGAAAUAUAUACACAAAUUGAGUGCUCCAUUUCUGUUAAGGGAACUAAACAGAGAUUUGUUGAUAUAUAUGAUUAAAUGGUUAUUGAAAAACCCUUCUUCUUUCUUCUUUUCCAAGAAACACCGUCUUCCUCACAAUCAUGCAAAACCUCAUCUUCUUCAUCCUCAUUCUAAUAAUGGUGGACUCCACGUCUUCAACACCCUCCCCACCAACGCAACAAAUCAACAACAUUCUCGAUGCGCUAAUAGGUGCCACCGACUUCAGCGCCUGGGUUUCCAUCCUCUCCUCCGCCAACGGCACCCUCCUUCCGCUCAGUGCCACCCUCUUCAUCCCACGCGACGCCGCCCUCGACCGUCCUCCGCCGGAUCCCCUCCUACUCCCCUAUCACGUCGUCCCCCAGCGCCUACCCUUCUCCGACCUCCUCCUCCUCCCCCGCCGGGCCCGCCUCCCUACCCUCCUCACCGCCAAAACCAUCUCCGUCACCGACAACUCUCCCGCCAACUUCUCUCUCGACCACAUCCCCCUUACCCACCCCGACCUCUUCUCCACCCCUUCCCUCGCCGUCCACGGCGUCCAGUCCUUCCUCGACUACUCUCUCUUCGGCGACGGCCUCCCGCCCUCGCCCCCUCCCCCCGCCGGCCACUCCAUCGACUCCUUCUUGAACUCAGGUGCGUCCUCCACCGGUUCCCGACUCAACGGCGUCGUUUUGCUCCCCCUCUUCUCCUUCGUUCUUCCACUGCUACUAUGCCAAGGUUUUUCAAUCUCUCGAUUUCAAGAAAUUUCAAGAAAUUGAGUGAGCUUUCAAAAACGAUGAUAGCAUCUUACACCAAACGAUUUCCAUUACAAAUUACGUCUUCGUUUCUUUAGUUCUGCAUGCACUACUUUUUUUUUUUUGGUGGGUCCUACUUCCUUCGUUAUCUCCUAUUUUUGGCAUUCAAAUUUGAAACUAAGGAUUGUUAAGUAAUUUGCUUUUUCAAUUUUUUCAGUUUAAUACCAAUUUUACAGUAAAUUAUUUCAAUUUAUCUAUAUAAUACCGC